AUGAGCCAAGAAGAUGACAUCAACGAUACUAGUAAGUGUUAUCUCGAGAAAAAGAAGAUCCUAAAGUUGCUCGACGACAUGCAAGAAAUGAACUGGAGACCAAUCGACCAAAACAUAUUAAAUGAACAUUGUGAACAGUACGAAAAUCAUAGGAGGAUGAAUGUUGACCAAGUGAAAAGAAUUGAAUUAUAUGUUGGAACGCUCAUCCUCGAAAGUGAAGAUAAUAAUUUUAGAGCAACUUCAAGGAAGCAGGGCAUAAGCAAGACCUCCAGAGAUACAAAAAUUAAGUUACUUAGUUUCCUGCUUGAAAGGAAAAGCCUCAAAGGCAGGAUGUGGGUACCUGCAAAAAAACUACAGUAUUUUGAGAUGAAUACUGAUGGCGAGAUUGGUAACACAUCGGCGAUCAAGAAUUUGCUAUACAGCGAAUUCCAAGAUAUCAGAAGAAAUGAUCGCAAUUGGAUAAAAGCAAUCAAAGCGAUUGAACGAGUUCUUCGAAAUAGAAGCCAUAGAAGAAAAAUUGUACCACUCGAGUAUGGAAACGACUAUUGA